GAUAUGCAGGAGGGAAACAACGCUGCAGCAAAUGGAUGUGGCAAAAUCCGAAGUGGCACGCAGAAUGAGGCUGCUUUACUGGCCCUGAUGGAGAAGACUGGAUACAGCAUGGUUCAAGAAAAUGGGCAAAGAAAAUUUGGCGGUCCUCCACCAGGUUGGGAGGGUCCUCCACCACCUCGUGGAUGUGAAGUUUUUGUGGGUAAGAUUCCUCGUGAUAUGUAUGAAGAUGAAUUAGUUCCUGUUUUUGAGAGAGCUGGGAAGAUCUAUGAGUUCAGACUGAUGAUGGAAUUCAGUGGUGAAAAUCGAGGCUAUGCUUUUGUGAUGUACACUGCUAAAGAGGAAGCCCAGCUAGCCAUCAAGAUUCUUAAUAAUUAUGAAAUUCGUCCAGGGAAAUUUAUUGGUGUCUGCGUAAGCUUGGACAACUGCAGGCUAUUUAUUGGAGCAAUUCCAAAAGAAAAGAAGAAAGAAGAAAUACUGAACGAAAUGAAAAAAGUUACAGAAGGAGUGGUGGAUGUCAUUGUUUAUCCAAAUGCCACUGACAAAACUAAAAAUCGUGGCUUUGCUUUUGUAGAAUAUGAAUCUCACAGAGCAGCUGCAAUGGCUAGAAGGCGGCUAAUCCCAGGAACAUUUCAGCUCUGGGGUCAUGCUAUUCAAGUAGAUUGGGCAGAUCCUGAGAAAGAAGUGGAUGAAGAAACAAUGCAGAGAGUUAAAGUAUUAUAUGUAAGAAAUUUAAUGAUGUCUACUACAGAGGACACAAUUAAAGCUGAAUUUAACAAGUUCAAACCAGGAGCAGUUGAACGUGUAAAGAAGCUCAGAGACUAUGCUUUUGUUCAUUUUUUCCACCGAGAAGAUGCAGUUGCUGCUAUGUCUGUAAUGAAUGGAAAGUGCAUUGAUGGAGCUACCAUUGAAGUAGCACUAGCAAAGCCAGUUAACAAGGAAAGUACUUGGAAGCAACAUUUUAAUGGUCAGAUAAGUCCCAUUUCUGAAAAUCUCUUAGGGUUUCCUAACAAAGAAGAUGGUCAUCAAAAAUCCAUAGGGAAACCAGCAAGUCUUUCAGUUCGUCUUAAUGGUCAGCACAGUCCAGGCCCCUAUGAAGUUGAGAGAUGUACCUACCCAUUUUUUCCAGGAAUAAAGCUUACUCCAAUUAGCAUGUAUUCUUUAAAAUCCAGUCACUUCAGUUCUGCAGCAAUGCAUCUGGAUUAUUUUUGCAAUAAAAAUAACUGGACACCGCCAGAAUACUACUUGUAUUCAACCACAAGUCAGGAUGGGAAAAUACUCUUGGUGUACAAGGUGCUUAUUCCUAGUAUUGCAGAUGGUUCCCAGAGUUACUUCAUGCCAGACAAACUCUGUACAACAGUAGAAGGGGCAAAGGAAUUGGCAGCUCAGUUCACACUUCUGCAUCUAGCCCCUGAGCAAGCAUAUAUAACUUUGCUGUCCUGA